UUCUUCCCGUCCCCCUUUUCUCACUUCCCUCUGCCUCCGCUCUCCUCCUAAACCUCGCUCCUAUCUCUCUCCUGCUCUCAGUUUCCGAUCCUUUCCUCAUCCUUCUUUCCUUCCGGCGCCUCCCUUGCAUGCUGCAUCAGCACCGACGACAGCUUUAACAUGGACUCUACCUCACCGGUCACCACGGCGUCACUGGAGUCAGUGACGAACGAUUUCAAGAAUCAGAGCUUGGAAGCUGAUCGGAGUAACGACGGCGACAGGGAAAAUGUGAAAUUGAAGCUUGAAGAUCUGAACUGGGACCACUCCUUUGUUAGAGAGCUGCCUGGUGAUCCCCAAAGCGAUAAUAUUCCUCGUCAGGUAUUUCAUGCGUGUUAUACCAAAGUUUUGCCAUCAGCUGAAGUGGAGAAUCCUCAGCUUGUUUCAUGGUCCGAGUUAGUUGCGGAAUUUCUUGAUUUGGAUCAUAAAGAAUUUGAAAGGCCAGAUUUCCCCCUUUUAUUUUCUGGGUCUUCUCCUUUGGUGGGAGCGAUGCCUUAUGCCCAGUGCUAUGGAGGACAUCAAUUUGGAAUGUGGGCUGGUCAGUUGGGUGAUGGCCGUGCAAUAACUCUUGGGGAGAUUCUGAACUCUAAGUCUGAAAGGUGGGAAUUGCAGCUUAAAGGUGCUGGGAAGACCCCUUAUAGUCGAUUUGCAGAUGGUCUUGCCGUGCUGCGUAGUAGCAUCAGGGAAUUCCUUUGCAGCGAAGCAAUGCACUUUCUAGGAAUCCCAACUACCCGUGCCCUUUGUCUUGUGACAACAGGAAAAUGUGUGACUCGAGACAUGUUUUACGAUGGCAAUCCAAAGGAUGAGCCAGGUGCAAUUGUUUGUAGAGUUGCACAGUCCUUUCUGCGCUUUGGUUCUAUCCAAAUACAUGCUUCAAGAGGAAAAGAGGACCUUGAGAUUGUUCAUACCUUAGCAGAUUAUGCCAUUAGACAUCACUUUCCUCAUCUUGAGAAUAUGAGUAGAAGUGAGAGUUUGUCUUUUAGCACUGGCAAUCAGGAUCAUUCAGUUGUGGAUCUAACCUCAAAUAAGUAUGCAGCAUGGGCAGUGGAGAUUGCAGAACGAACUGCUUCUUUGAUUGCAAGCUGGCAGGGAGUUGGUUUUACUCAUGGUGUUCUGAACACUGACAACAUGAGCAUUUUGGGUCUCACCAUUGAUUAUGGUCCUUUUGGAUUUCUAGAUGCUUUUGACCCUAGUUAUACACCAAAUACAACAGAUCUUCCAGGGAGAAGAUACUGUUUUGCAAAUCAGCCUGAUAUCGGCUUAUGGAAUGUUGCACAGUUUGCUACAACCUUGUCCACUGCCCAGUUGAUAAAUGAUAAAGAAGCUAAUUAUGCUAUGGAAAGGUAUGGAACAAAAUUUAUGGAUGAUUAUCAAGCUAUAAUGACAAGAAAACUUGGCCUCCCAAAGUAUAAUAAGCAGCUGAUCAGUAAACUUCUCAAUAAUAUGGCUGUUGAUAAAGUUGACUACACAAAUUUUUUUCGUUCACUUUCCAAUAUCAAAGCAGAUCCCAGCAUUUCAGAAGACGAGUUGUUGGUUCCACUGAAGGCUGUUCUGCUGGAUAUUGGCAAGGAGCGUAAGGAGGCAUGGAUCAGUUGGGUGCAAUCCUACAUACAGGAGCUUGUUGCUGGUGGCAUCUCAGAUGAGCAAAGGAAGGUUGCUAUGGAUUCAGUAAACCCUAAAUAUGUCCUCAGGAACUACCUUUGUCAGAGUGCCAUUGAUGCAGCUGAACUUGGAGAUUUCGGAGAGGUUCGAAGGAUGCUUAAAAUAAUGGAAAGGCCAUUUGAUGAGCAACCAGGAAUGGAAAAAUAUGCUCGCUUGCCUCCAGCUUGGGCUUACCGCCCAGGGGUUUGCAUGCUUUCUUGUUCUUCUUGAGUUGUAUUGCGUACCCAUCACAUAAUACUAAUGCCAGAAAUGCCUAAGGAAUAUUGCUGUAUAUAACAGUGGAAAAGAUUAAUUUUUGUUCCUUCUUCCUGUGACAAUAACAGUACAAUACCUGUUGGAGACAUACCCUCCUUUUUCUGCAGUCAUAUAAUUUAAAGAGGAUAUGGAAAAUUAAGAUGUUAUGAUGUU